UUCAUCUAAAAAUAACCCGUUCUUUUAUAUUUGAAAAUAAUAUGAUUUUAAAUUAUCAGUUAAUCCUUAAACCUUGUGCUCACUGUCACUCUCAUUUUAAACCUAGAUUGGGAAAAGCUGAAAGGAGAAGGAAAUAGAUGGGUCUGCUGUCUCACAGAGUAGAAAGGAGUGAGAUAGCAGCAGGUGAUCAUAUCUACACUUGGAGAACUGUCUUCACAUACUCUCAUCACGGAAUCUAUGUUGGUGGAAGCAAAGUUGUCCAUUUUACGCGUGAGCAAAAUAUUGUUUCAGGAGACACAAUUCUCUUCUCUGUUCCCCCAAAACUCUCGUCAGUUUCGAGUACAAAUGUGUCUUCGACCUGUACAAAUAUUCUUGACUGCGGAUUUCAGCACAAGGAAAGUGGGGUGGUUCUAUCUUGCUUGGAUUGUUUCCUGGGUGAUGGACUAUUGUACCGCUUUGACUAUGGAGCCAGCCCUUCAGUUUUUCUUACUAAACUCCGAGGUGGCACAUGCACAACUGCACAAUCUGAUCCUCCAGAGGCAGUGAUCCAUAGAGCCAUGUACUUGCUUCAAAAUGGUUUCGGAAACUAUGAUGUCUUCAAGAAUAACUGUGAAGAUUUUGCCUUGUACUGUAAAACUGGUCUUCUUGUUCUUGACCAAGGAGCUCUUGGAAGGAGCGGUCAAGCUGCCUCUGUUAUAAAUGCUCCUUUGGCAGCUAUUGCUUCUUCGCCCCUUAAGUUAUUCAUGUCAAGUCCGGCUGGCUUAGUCUUAGCAACUGCUGGUAUGUAUUGUUUGACGAGGUAUGUAAGUGACAUUGGUGUGAGGAGUGAUGUUACUAAGGUGAAAGUAGAGGAACUGACUUCGUUCCAUAAUUGCAAAAGCUUGAAGAAACCCAUCAAUGAGGACCAUUGUGAUACAAGAGAGGUGACUCUUAAUCAAACAGAUACACCAGCUAAAAAGCGGCGAAGAUGUGAUUGAAACAAAAUUAGCAGUGUGCCGGACUACUCAUUUUCCAUGUUUUGAGUCAGGGGUCAAGGCUCCAACAGGACCUGAAGCCCGAAUAAAUCUUCCAAUGAGGAAUUUGAAGGGCUUGGUUUUUUACUUUUUUGUCUUCACUUUGUUCUCCCUAGCAAGCUGAAAACCUUUUUUGCAGAAUAUGGAUUGGGGGUCUGUAGAAGGUUUGGAUUAGUCUUUGUAAAUAGCUGGACUAGUCUUUUAUUUUUCUCCAGCAAAAUGGUAUGUGCUGUUUAGUCGGUGAUAUCUUCAAUGAUUUUUGUUCUUA